AUGACAGCACACUGGCUCAGUAAUGAAUUUUCCCAGCACAGAGCAGUACUCAGAAUUAUGCAUUUUCCAGAAUGUCACACAGGAAAAAACAUAAGUGAGUAUUUACAUAAAGGUUUAGUAAGUUUUGAAAUUUCACACACAAAAAUUCAUAUUGUUUUACGAGAUAAUGCGGUCAAUAUGGUAGCUGGUGUAAAAGACUUAAAGGAUAUUUUAGCUUGUUGCAGACGUCUGGCAACUCAUUUUCACCAUUCGCAAAAACUAGCAGCAGCUAAAUUAGAAGCAAUUCAGGAACAACUUGGUACAAAUAAGCACAGGUUAAUCCAAGAUAUUACUACGAGAUGGAACAGUUCUUAUGAUAUGAUUGAAAGGAUACUUGAUCAAAAAGUUCCUUUGGCAACUUAUACAGCUGAUCAUCCUACCCAAUCAACACUAAAUACAUUUCAAUGGGGUUUAUUAGAUAAAGUGUUGCAUAUUUUAGAACCAUUUAAAACUUUAACCAUUAAUUUUAGUAAACGUGAAUCAUAUUUGUCAGAUGUUAUUCCUUCAAUUAUGGCUCUGAAAGAAUGUUUUAAUCAAGCAUUAGUAUGUGAGGCUUUUUUAACAAUAAAUACUUUAGUUGAACAUUUAAGUGGGUCGGUAGACAAAAGAUAUAAAUUGACAUAUCAAAAGGAAGACAAAGAUAAAACAAAAAAUUGGAUAAAUGAACAGAUGCAAGAAAUGCAACAAAGUAAUUUAGAUUUUGACGAACCAUCAGUACAUAACACAAAUGAAGUAAUUGCAAAACUAGCUUAUCCAAAAUUCAAUAAAUGUUUUCAGAAAGUUUCUAAACUGAUAACUAUAGAUUUGCUAUUUUCAGUAUUUACAAUAUUGGAAUGUGAUUCCAAUAUUGUAAAUACUGAAAAUAGCAAAAGGUUAAAAAGAUCGAAUUUUAGUAUACAAAUGAUAAACAAGGAGAUUGAAGAGUAUUUAAAGCUACCUCAUGUCACGGAAAAAGAAAGUCUUCUCUUGUGGUGGAAAAAUUGUGGAAAUUCUUUUAAAAAUUUAAAGAAAAUUACCUAA